GACGGAGUGUCUGUCUUUUGGUAUAAGAAGGCCAAAAUCUCAUGCUGACAUUCUUCUCAUCAGAGCAUUCAUCCGCUGCAGAUCACAGCGUUCAUUCUUUCAGAGCUCAUUCCAGCCCUGUCUGUCUCUAACUUGGUUAUUCGCUCCUUCAACUCCCAUAGUUUCCUUCUCUUGAUAAUUACGUCACAUUCUUUCCCUUCUACAAUGUACAACCUCAAGAGCCUUCCGGCACUGCUAUGCCUCGUGCUGGCUGUCGCUCCCGUCCUGUCUGCACCUGUCGCUGCUCGAGAUGGAGCCGUUGUGCGAAGACAGAGCCACCACUUCAAUACCAACACCCAGUCCGGUUCUAACAUGGGCUUCUCUAUCCCUGAUGGCCCAUCCUACAACUCUGGCCAGUUCGCCUCGAACGCAUAUCGCGAAGACCGUGGCGGCGACAUGGAUGACGAGGAGGGCUCAAGUGAGUCCAGCAACACCAACGCAGGGAACUCAAUGAAUAUCGGCAUCCCGGGUGGUCCCAGCGUCAACUUGGGCAACUACUUCAGUAACAACUAUGAAGAAUCUGAAGAGCCACGGCCAAAGCCCUCGACUACUUCCACGACCACCAUCCCAGAGUCCACAACGGCCCCUCCACCUCCGCCAGUCAACCCUCCUAUUGAGACUUCUGUUCCUGCCCCUCCUGCCCCUCCUACUACAACUACCACCACUACCCAACCCCCUCCUCCUCCCCCUACAACCACUGCUCCCCCUGCUCCUCCUACAACCACUGCUCCUCCUGCUCCUCCUGCAACUACUACUCCUCCUGCUCCCCCUGCUCCUCCUACAACUACUGCUCCUCCUGCUCCUCCUGCAACUACUGCUCCUCCUGCUCCUCCUGCUCCCCCUACCACUGCUCCUCCAGCACCCCCAGCUCCGUCUACCCCCUCCGAGCCGGCUCCUCCUGCUGAGACCGAAGAACCUGAGGAGCCAGUGCAAGAAUGCCCAGCACCGGAGCCUGAGCCACAGCCUGAGCCUGAGCAGCAGUCUCCUGAGCCUCCAGCUGAACAUGGACCUUCCCCUGAACCGGAGUCAUCUCCUGCCCCCGAGCCUACCCCUGCACCUCAGCCCAACCCUACACCAAGCCCUCAACCAGAGCCCCAGCCCCAGCCUCAGCCUCAGCCUGACCAUGAGCCUGCAUCCGAGCCCAGGAUCAUACCCACUCCUUCCCCAGCUGCUCCAGCAUUGCCUGCAUACACCUGUCAAUGCCCUGCGUGAGCUUGACAUAUGUUCCCAUCACCCCCUUCACUUUCUUUGCCUCUAUUAUCCAUAACUCUCAUUCAUGAAUGCC